AUUGAACUUCUCCACUGCAUUUUCUACCAAUGUAGUUUCUAUAUGUAAAACCGUGAAAUUAGAUAAAAUAACAAGAAUAGAAGUGGCAAUUAGAUAUUGCAUCAAAUAUAAAGGAAGAUUUAAUAAAGAAAUAGAGAACGCUAUUGUAAAUGCGUUGGGAGAUAAAAUGACAGAAUGUAGAUAUAUGAAACCCAUUGAAACAUUUGAUCAUGGCUUUAGACCAGAGAAAUGGUUCGAAGUUGAUGUAAUUAAAAAUGGUAGAAGAGCUUUGGAAGAAGUUAACUUGAAAUUGG